ACAGAUUCUUCCAAUCUUCCAAUGUCCAAAACACUGGGUUUUGAUAAAAUCCACAAGAGCAAGCGCUAAUAAUAUAAGAAAAAAAUAGUUUUAUAUUAAUAUUUAAAAUAAAAAUAUACGUACUGCAGUAUCUAAGGAAUGUUUAAAUAUUUUAUAUUUUUAAUACUAAAUACUUCUUUCAGUCUUUCUACGUUUGCGAAGCAAUUCAUUUCGCAAAUAUAUUUUCUAGAGCUGCUUCUUUGCCGUAAAUGUGGGGCCGACGUAGCCGAUUCAUAUUAUUUAUUUAAUAAACCCAGCCCAGGCGCCCGAAAAACUGACAAACAAAAUAUGUUUGGUAAACAAAAUGUAACAAUUCAAACUUUAGUUAAUCCUUUCGGCGUUAAAUUUGAAAUUGUUACAAUUGAAAAGGCGAGGUGUGAUAAUAUUGGACCUCCUCAAGGAGCAGAUUCUUGGUUCCCAGGUUAUGCCUGGAGAAUAUGUGCCUGCCCACACUGUGGGCAACAAUUAGGAUGGACGUUUGAAAGCGGUAAAAAUGAAAAUAACUCAAUUAACAGCUUUCAUGGACUGAUUUUGAAUAAUGUUCUAGGAGAAAACUUUACGGACUCUCUUAUAAUGAUGCCGAAAGUAUAUAAGAUGUAAAUAAUAUGGUUAUAGAAUUAUAUUUAUUUAUUUAUAUUACAUUAGUUUUAUUGAAAGAACCUUUGUGCAGUGGACAACUAGAUAAUUUAAGUCAAAUUCCUAAAAUUAACUUUGAAAUUACAACUUGAAAAUAGAUAUAUGAUAAGAUAAUUGUGUUAAGUUUGUAAUGUUAAUUUUAAUGUAAAGUCCUGUUUUUGACACUUUCUUGAUACACAUUAUUAGAAAAGGUUUUUUUUUUAUUCUUUACAUUGAAUUAUAUAUCAACAUAUCUUUUGGAACAGCUAUAGCAAAAAAAUAAAUACAACAGGAGCAUCAAUUGAGUAAAUCUUUUUUAUUUUUACUUUAUACUCUUAGUAACAAACAAAAUAUGGAAACAAUAAAAAUAGGGUAUUAUAAUAACCUUAAAUAAGCACAACAUAAUAUCUAUCAUAUUAUGCAAUUCUUUGCACUUUACAGAGUAAACACAAGUUAAUUAGGAAAGUCAAUUAUUAUAAUUAUAGAAAAAACCUAAUUCACAAUUUGUAAAAGCGCUGUAGGUUAGUUUCAACAGUAGGCAAUGUUACCCAACCCAAAACAAAAAAUCUGGUCAUCAUAUAGUGUAAUCCUUAUACUUAACAGACCUAUUCAUCAUUAUCUCUACUAUACUAUAUCUAUAUAGUACAAUAACUUUUGAUACUUGUGUACUUUUUUUACAAUAAAAUUAUAAAAAUUUAAGUCAAUUAUGUACUAGCAAAUCUUUGAUGUAAAGUUUGUCCUGUAGCUGCAGGUGUUGGAGUGAAGUUGAUUCCACCAGGUGCCUCUGCAGUGUUUACAUUAUUAUUACCAUAAGACUUUCCUUGAAUAGCUGCAAUUUCCUUCUGUAAUUUGGGAUUAAGUAUUUGUUUGUUGACAAACUUUCUACCAACUCCUCUGUUUCCACCCCUACCCCGGCCUCGUGAUCUAGUUGAUCUUCUGCUUGCAUUAGAGACAUUGGAGCGGUUUGAUCUAUUGGAUCGAUUAGAGCCCAUUGACUUGAUGCUACCAGGACCACGUCGCGUAUUAUAGCCUCCAAAUUGAUUAUUCAACUGUGCUAGACUUUGUCUGUUUAGAUAUCCAGCAUUGCCAACACUGUUUCGACGCCUUUUUGUGAAAUCAUUAGCAACACUAACUGUCAACUGGGAAGCAUUAAAGGAAUUAUUUCUAGAUCUAGUGAAAGUUUGAGAUUUAAUAAUAUUGUUGUGACGUAAAAGAUGUUGGCGCUGUUCUUUUAAAAUUUGAUCAGACCUUAAACCAACAGCACUGUAUCUAUUGUUGGUGCUCAAACCUCUUCCACGUUUUGAAAUCCCUCUUUUAGCUACAGCUAAUGGUCUGCGACUAUUAAAUCCACCUCUGUUUGUGUUCAAACCGAGUCUGUUAUGAAUACUGUUAAAAAGAUUUGGGUUAGAAUUUGAACGUCUGAGUCUGUUUUGCCAUCCACCUGUAAAGAAAACAUUAAUUUGUAAUAUAAAAUGAUCAUUUUUAUGUUAAUAUUGGAUAAAAGCCUGUUAAUGGAGGAACAUACACAUUAAAAAUUAGUUCUGCAGAAAAAAAAAGAUCACAAUAUUCAAUGGUGUAAUUUAUGUGUUCUUGUGUUGUGUAGAUUAGAUAAAUUAAUUAAGAUUUACACUAACAGAUUUAAAUAUUUACAAAUGAAAAUAGAUGAAUUGUAUAGGCAAGCUGACCAGACACCACAUAAACUAUAUCUAGGGAAUGCAAUCUCGUUCACGCAAGAUCUCGGCCUUUUCUAGCGAGAUUGAUCUUGAUCGAAAAAUGAGCGAGAUCUCGCGAGUUUAACGAGAUUGCACUCAAGCAUAUUAACGAUUUAUUCUAAAUGCAUCAGUGAAUUUAAGCGAGUCCGAUAAUAAGAUGAAUAACAAAGAUUAUUUGAACAUUUUGUGCAUCUUAAGAAACUACUUUCAAAAUUAUUUGUAAUAAUGAUGCGUGAUGUGAAUCGAAUAAGCCUUUCAAUUGAUUAGUAUAUUUUGUUAAUUUAUUUUCUUUCUAACAGGUCUCUG